GCUACCUGCUGCUCUCGGUCCUGACCUUGCUAUGGCUCCCCGGAGCGCCAGGCCCACGCUGCCUCAGCUCCUGGCCCUGGUGGCCGUUGUGAUUCCAGGGCCUGGUGGUGCUCAAGUGUCCAUCCACCCCAAAGAAGCCUUCUUGCCUCGGGGUGCAUCCAUGUGGGUGAACUGUUCCUCCUCCUGCAGCAAGAGUCACAACCUGGGCCUGGAGACUCAGUGGCCCAAAGUAGAACUAGAUCAUGGACACAACUGGAAGCUAUUUGAACUGAGUGACAUUGAAGAAGACAGCAAUCCACUGUGCUUUGAGAACUGUGGUCCCACCCAGUCCUCAGCCUCUGCCACCAUCAUCUUGUACUCCUUCCCGGAGCGUGUGGAGCUGGACCCUCUGCCUGCCUGGCAGCCAGUGGGCAAGAACCUCACCCUGCGCUGCAUGGUGGAUGGUGGAACACCACGGAACCAACUCUCUGUCAAGCUGCUCCGAGGGGAAGAGGUGCUGCACCAGGAGUCAGUAGAUGUGGACUCCAUGAACCCCAAGGAGAUCACAACCACGGUACUGGCGAGCAGAGAUGACCACGGAGCCAAUUUCUCAUGUCGCACAGAACUGGACCUCAGGCCACAAGGGCUAGCACUGUUCCCAAAUGUCUCCAUGGUCAGGCAGCUCCGGACUUUUGAUCUUCCUGUGACCAUCCUGAAGCUAGACACCCCUGACCUCCUGGAGGUGGGCACCGUGCAGAAAGUAAUGUGCUCCUUGGGCGGCCUGUUUCCUGCCUCUGAAGCCCAGAUAACUCUGGAGCUGGGAGGCCACACACUGACCUCCAAGAGCACAAACCACAGAGACUUGGUGUCAGCCACUGCCUUGGUGACUGCAGAGCUGGAGGGAACUCAGCAGCUGCGCUGUGUUUUGGAGCUGGCAGACCAGAUCCUGGAGGCAGAGAGGAACUUGAGCAUCUAUAAUUUCUCAGCUCCGGUCCUGACCCUGAGCCAAAAAGAGGUCUCAGAAGGGAGCCAAGUGACUGUGAAGUGUGAAGUUCACGGAGGAGCACAGGUGGUGUGGCUGAGUGGUGCUCCGCCCAGGCCCCCAUCCUCGAAGACCCAGUUCACACUGAAUGCCAGCGCUAAGGAUAACAAGAAACGCUUCUUUUGCUCUGCAGCUCUGAAGGUGGCUGGGCAGGUGCUGUUAAAAAAUCAGACCCUGGAACUCCACGUGUUGUAUGGCCCCCGGCUGGAUGAGGUGGACUGCCUGGGGAACUGGACCUGGCCUGAGAGGUCUCAGCAGACUUUGAAAUGCCAGGCCUGGGGAAACCCAUCCCCCAAACUAACCUGCAGCCGGAAAACAGAUGGAGCCCCGCUGCCCACUGGGGAAGUGAAGAGCGUCACACGAGAGAUGAACGGUACCUAUGUGUGCCAUGCUGUGAGCUCCCAUGGAAAUGUCACCAGGGAUGUGUUCCUGAUAGUGCUUUAUCACCAGCCUAAUAGCUGGGUCAUCAUCCUUGUGGUGACAAUGCUGGCUACUGUGCUCCUUGUGGGGGGCCCGACCAUUUACCUUUAUAACCGACAGAGAAAGAUCAGGAUAUACAAACUGCAGAGGGCACAGGAGGAGGCCAUGAAACUCAAGGCCCCACCUCACUGACCCACAAGGACACCAACACCUCCCUGGACCCCCCUGUGGGCAGCAGCCAGUACUACUUUUGAACAGAAAGGUAGACAGAUAGUGUUUACCCUUGCCCCCUCCUCAGGCUGUGACAAGACAAGAUGGUGGCCUGGGGAGCAAUCAGACCUCCUCACACUUGUGGCUUCAGGACUUCGUGGAGAGGACCUAACAAGAUCAAGGUUGUGUUUCUGUGACCUGAACACACCCACAGCCUGUGGCCUUCAGUCAGGAAAUGCUGACCUCAUUCCCAUUGCCCAUGCUUGGGGCCCCUGCUUAAGGAAAAGUGAUAUCCAAUAGACACAAGCAAGAGUCGGAACAUAAGACCAUACUUUCUCUGGCACAGGAAUGCUGGGACAUUGUCCCCAACUCUUCAUCAUGAUGUAUUUAUUAAUUCAAAGUUUUACCUGGAGGUGGGGAUGUAGCUCAGUGGUAGAGCACUUGCUUAGCAAGCACAAGGCCCUUGGUUCGGUCCUCAGCUCCAAAAAGAGAGAAAAAAAGUUUUACCUAUUUAUUGAGUACCUUGCAUAGAUACUAGAGCAGUGAGCAGACGAAUAUACAGGUUCUUGUCAGGAUACUGUUGCAGGAGCUAUGUACACAACAGAGCUUGGAGAAAGGUUCACAUGGGGCUGGGGUGCCUCUGUUGGCCAGGAUGAUUUUUCAAAAAGAGCCGUCAUAAGAAUACUAAGUGGAUGAACAAUGGUUCCCUGCUCAUAGGCCUCUCUUGGAGUCCUGACUCCAGCACCACCAUCAAGAGUAACCACUUCUCCAUCCACAUACAUUCCUACCUUUGCUCCCUGAGUCAACCAUCAUACCCAAAUAUGGAUGACCACCCUUGGCAGCUGAACAAUGGAGUCCCUGCAUGCCCCCACCUGGCUCCACCUCAAACAGCCUGGAAGCAGCCUGGAAGAUGCUGCAGCCACUCAGUAGGGCCCUGCAUGCUGGGGGCGGGGAGGGGGCACAACUCCCCUUCCAGCUCAGAAGCUUUUCAUUUGAGUAAAUAAAGUGUUAUGUUGGUUUCA